AUGAAACCGAUAUCUUCGUCAUGGCUUGUCAACGCGUUGUGUUUGACAGCACAGUUUGGGUCGGCACUACAACUCGAUGUCAGUAGUCCGGACUCGAUCAGGUCAACGGCUAGCGUGGUCGCAUAUGACUUGAUGUCGUACUAUACCGGCAAUCGCACAGGAGAUGUUCCAGGAAAUCUACCAGCCCCGUACUACUGGUGGGAAGCGGGCGCCAUGUUUGGCGAGAUGAUCGAAUACUGGUACUACACUGGUGACACGACAUACAACGACGAAGUCAAGGCCGCUCUGCUGCACCAAGUUGGAGACGACAAGGACUAUAUGCCCAGAAAUCAGUCAAAGUCAUUAGGUAACGAUGAUCAAGUCUUCUGGGCAUUCAGUGCCAUGUCGGCGGCCGAACUGAAAUUCGAGGACCCUGGAGCCGGUCAGCCAUCGUGGCUCGCACUUGCACAGGCUGUAUUCAACGAGCAAGCAUCAAGAUGGGACGCAGGAACCUGUGGCGGAGGACUGCGCUGGCAGAUCUUUACCUUCAAUGCUGGAUACGACUACAAGAACGCCGUCUCAAACGGUGGCUUCUUCCAGUUGGCUGCACGCCUGGCCCGUUACACGCAAAACGAAACAUACGUCGACUGGGCAGACAAGAUGUGGGAGUGGUACGCCGGAACACCUCUACUUGAGAUCGACACAUGGCAGGUCAACGACGGAUCCAGUACGCAGAAGAAUUGCUCGGAUGCCAGUCAGCUGCAGUGGACAUACAACUAUGGUGUUUUCAUCGCCGGAAACGCAUAUCUCUACAAUUACACUGGUGACGCAAAGUACAUGGAUCGCAUCGAUGGUCUUCUUAACGCCACACUAGCACGGUUCUUCCCUCAGAAUAUGGGAGGAGUCAUGGUUGAGGUUACGUGUGAGCCCCUGGGCAAUUGCAACAACGACCAGCCGGCGUUCAAGGCGUUCCUCACUCGAUGGCUUGCAGUGACAGCACAACUGGUUCCAGAGCUGUACGAGCGCAUCUUCACGUACUUGCGCAAGUCGGCUGCCGGAGCGGCAGGACAGUGUUCAGGAGGCGAACUUGGGAGGCAUUGCGGCCGUGAGUGGAACACGACGACGUGGGAUGGCAGAUCAGGAGUGGGCGAACAAAUGUCUGCUCUCGCAGUCAUUCAAGCCAUGAUGAUGGAUACGACGGAUCUAGCUGCGCCUGUGGGAGCAACAACUGGAGGAACAAGUCAAGGAAACCCAAGUGCAGGCACAGGGACCAGUGGUACGACGGGUAGCAAUGGUAUGCCGGCGGUGAAUCGAGACAAGAUCACAACUGGUGACAAGGCUGGAGCUGGCAUACUGACAGCAAUAGCACUGCUACUCACGAUAGUCACUGGAGGAAGUUUGGUUCUUGAAUAA